CGCCAGUUGAUCGGGGCCCUCAGAAACGCCCACUGCCAUGAAGUGUUCUCGGAGCACUUCCGAGCAACUUGCCUCAUUGCUCCACAAGAUCUCCGAUGACUUCUACAAGGUUCGGUGGGGACCAGCCCGUCACCGGGAUAUAGGUUGGAGCGAUGCACAGGGCCUUUCUGAGUGUUGCCCGCGGGACAAAGUCUAUUCUCGUCUUGAGUGGCGACGCGACCAGUGUGGGUUCGGCAUUUGCCAGUUUGGAGGGAAAGGAUUCAACAGCUUAUCCAAACACGCACGGCACGCACUUGGACCGGCUCGAUAUUCCUUUCCCACUUUGCUCCCAAACGUUGGGCUCCCAGGGUCUGACCUGCCCUCACAACCCACCCACUCCUAAGGCCUCUUUUGCCCACCUUUACUUGUUAUUAUUAUUACACUUACCCACCUCGAACAAGUCCCUUCCCCUUCCACCCCAAUCACAACUACUAUUGGCGCAACCCCUUCUAAAGAAGCUUGGAGGUCAACAACAAGACAAUUUUUUUUUAAAAAAAAAUGAACUGAGAGAUACAACGCCUAAAAAGGGGGAGAAAAAAGGUGAAAGAGAAGAUAAAAAAAAGGAAACCGAAAAAGAGAUCACAAUGGCUUUAACAGCAAGGGUCUCCCUCAUCGGUCCCGAUACUUCAGAUCCCGAAGACAUCUUUGGCGCUUCCCUCGGGGUCAUCUUCCCCGAUGACAUAACCAACUCACACGGCGACAACGACCACGGGCUGCUCUACAGAUCCCCGCACCUCCCGCGGCCCAUCCAGCUCGCCCUUGCCGAUGUAAACGCGGAGGAAGACCGCCGCCUGUUUAGCCACUACUUGUGGAAUGCAUCGCUGCUGCUCGCCGAGCUGAUCGAGGCGGGGACGCUGGGGCUGGAGAUCCCGUGGAAGAGCGAGCUGGCCGCGCCCCUGGCGGGCUUUGACGUCUCGGGCCUGCGCACCAUCGAGCUGGGUGCGGGCACCGCAUUGCCAUCCAUCAUGGCGGGGCUGCUCGGGGCCAAGAGGGUCGUGGUGACGGACUACCCGUCGCCUCCGGUGCUCAAGACGUUGAGGGACAACGUCGCCGCUUCGAUCAAGGAGGCGUCGGCGCCUGCCGGGAGGUUCGCUGUGGAGGAGGUGCUGGUCGAGGGUCACAAGUGGGGCGAUUUAGACACGCCGCUGGCGGAGGCGAACAAGUACGCGUUUGAUAGGGUCAUUGCAGCGGAUUGUCUGUGGAUGCCGUGGCAGCAUGACAAUCUAAGGCGGUCGAUCGCAUGGUUCUUGGCGGAUGGAGACGGAGCGAGGGCCUGGGUAGUUGCGGGAUUCCAUACUGGACGGGACAAAGUGGGUGCUUUUUUCGAGAGCGCGGCUCUUGCGGAGGUCGGGCUCGAGGUAGAGUACCUGUGGGAACGGGACUGUGACGGGCAAGAUCAAGACUGGGUCGUGGACCGCGGUUAUGACCAUGCAAGGAGAUGGAAGCGGUGGUUGGCGGUGGGCGUCUUGAAGAGGAUACGGAAGCCUGCGGAGGAGGGCGAGCAAAGGCCAUGAUGAGGGGAGGAGGGGAGGAGGGAAGCGUUUUAUAUCCCGGUCUGACCCAGGCUAUUCCUCAGCUUGCAUGGACCCGGGGAGAGUUUUACCGGUUUU